CACUCGAGCUGCGAUUCGGAGGGCUAGAAAAUCAUCGAUGUUUACGUACAUCGAUAGUUGGCAGGGCUUUGCUUUGUUUUGCAAAUUCCAAGCGGAGUUGAGGCUGUGACAGAUUGCGGGUGCGAGUUGUGAAGCAACAUUGCGUCAUCAUCAGCUCCUGGACAGAAAAGAGCUCAGGGAACGAGGCAGGUCCGCGCCCGGGGACAAGGAAAGCCUUUAGCCACGAGGACGCAGAGGGAUCAAAGGCGGAGGAGGAGGCGGUGGCCGUGUCACGGGAGCUGGAUCAAAUGGCCAGCACCACUGGAAGUGCCCCCAGCCUGGGACCCCCCCAGAGCGGGAGUGGUGGCUCUGGCACAUUGGAGGGCACGCUAAGCAAGUGGACGAAUGUGAUGAAGGGCUGGCAGUACCGCUUCUUCGUUCUGGACGAGAAUGCUGGACUGCUGUCCUAUUACACGUCGAAGGAUAAGAUGAUAAAGGGCGUGAGGCGCGGUUGUGUUCGUUUAAAGGAUGCGCUAAUCGGAAUCGACGACCAGGAGGACAACACAUUCACAAUCACUGUGGACCAUAAGACCUUCCACUUUCAGGCGCGACACAACGAGGAGCGGGAGCAGUGGGUGCGCCGCCUGGAGGACACCAUUCGACGCCACGCGAACCGGUCGCGUCUGUGGGACAGCCAAAGCGCUUUCUACAUCGCCGGUGGCUACACGAAGGAAGGGGGCGGGAGCGGAACAGGCGGCAGAAGACCCAACCACCUGGAGUUGGUGGCGCGCCGUGUUUCCGAGGCAGAUGCCUACCUCCAGCUGAUGAUUGAGCAAACGAACUUACUGGACAAACGCAUCGCGGAGCUGACCGAUCCGGCGGAGCAGUCUAAGUGCAAGGCACUCCAGGACAACGCAAAUGCCAUGCUGGAUCACAUUAAGCACUCGAUUGUCAGCCUGCAGAUUGCCAAAAACAUGGCCCACCCAAUAAAUGGAAUCUACAACGGUCCACCGGCCACGGCCUCCACUAGUUCCUCAACCAGUGGAGUUGCCAUGGGCAGUUGUAACAACGUCCAGGCAGGUGGCCUUAAGGUGCCGCUAGAAGGUCAAGUAAUAGGCAAGGGUGAGCUGGUGGACGACGAGGAAGACUCGGCCACUGAGAACGCCACCACCGCUCCUUUGGGUUUAAUUGUGCCAGCGACCUCAUACUCGAGCAGCGAGGGCGAGGAGGACUUCUACGAUGCCUACGACGAUCCCUUCACCAGCAUUGGCAGCUCCCCGAUUGGCUGCGCAACGCGCGGCUUUGCGGAAACCACAUCGCCUACCCAUGAAAAGGCGCCGGAUGGAUUUGCCAACGCCGAGCCAGUGGCUGUGGGCGAUUCAGUUGCCCCCCAAACGCUGCCAGAGAUCGAUGAAAGUGUUGCCGAUGCGGACACCAGCAUUAAGACAGCGAGGACCGCAGUAAGUUCCCGAAGUGCCAGCUACGAUAACGGAAUAGACUACGACGCCCUGUACGAGGAGGAGGAAGAGACGGACCUCAGUAUGGAGGCGCACGGAUCGAUGAUUACGCACUUGCUGUCCCAGGUUAAAAUCGGCAUGGACCUCACGAAAGUGGUACUGCCCACGUUUAUUCUGGAGCGCCGCUCGCUCCUGGAAAUGUACGCCGAUUACUUUGCUCAUCCCGAUCUGUUUAUAAAAAUAUCGGAUCUGGAUGAUCCACGCGACAGAAUCGUCCAGGUCUGCCGCUGGUAUAUGAGUGCUUACCAUGCUGGGCGCAAGAGUGCGGUGGCCAAGAAGCCGUACAAUCCAAUUUUGGGAGAAGUAUUUCAGUGCCAUUGGGACAUUCCUGGCAUAUCCCAAGACGCUCAGGAGGUACGCGACGGUCCAGUGCCUUGGUGCAGGCGGGAUCAACUCACCUUUUUAGCUGAGCAAGUGUCUCACCAUCCGCCAAUUUCUGCCUUCUAUGCGGAGCAUUAUAAUAAAAAAAUAACAUUUGCGGCCCAUGUAUGGACCAAGUCGAAGUUCUUGGGACUCUCCAUUGGAGUUCAUAACAUUGGUGAGGGUGUUGUGACCCUGGUGGAUCGCAGCGAGGAGUACAUAGUGACCUUCCCCAACGGCUACGGCAGGUCUAUUCUUACGGUGCCUUGGAUUGAGCUCGGCGGUUCGGUGGAGAUCAAGUGUCCACAGUCUGGAUACUAUGCCAACGUGGAGUUCCUCACCAAGCCAUUCUAUGGCGGCAAACGGAACAGGGUCUCGGCAGAGGUCUAUGCGCCGAGCGAAAAGAAGCCUUUCGUCUCUAUUACGGGCGAGUGGAGUGGUUUGAUGGAGGCCAAGUGGCAUGAUAAAAACAAAACCGAAGUAUUCGUCGACGUAAAUCGCAUACCCAUAUUUAAGAAACAAGUUCGACCAAUCGUUGAGCAGGAUGAGUACGAAUCGCGACGCGUUUGGAAGGAAGUGACAGCGGGACUCAAGUUCAAUGACAUCGAGCGCGCUACAACUGCCAAAUUCGUUGUGGAGCAACAGCAGCGUGAUCAAGCCAAGGUGCGCAAGGAAUACGAUCUGGCCUGGGAGCACAAGCACUUUAAGCCCGUGGGCGACAACUGGAUCUACGCCAAGCCGCUGAGUCAGCGCAUGUAUCUGCAGGAGAAGGAGGCCAAGAGAUAAUGCCUCCGACUGACAACGAGAGCAACAACACCAAAAACGUCUAUAUAUAUGGAUCAUAUCAAGAACGAGCCUCAACUAUAUGUUUAAUUCCACAAGUGCGCAAACCUCUCAACACUGACGAUACAACGUAACGAAUGCAGGAAAAGUUAGAGCAACAACUGAACUGGCAGAAGGAGAUCCAUGAUGGAGGCUCCAGGGUCUGGUUAUUAAUUGUAAAUAAUAUACACAGAGAAAAAGAAAGGAGUAAAGCUCUGCUCAUUAGGUUGGAACGCGAGUCAAGCUCGACAGCUCAGCGGAGACAGAAAAAUCAAACACUCACAGUUUCUAUACAGAAUUAACGAUUAUUAUUUACUACUAAGUACUAGUGUGUUUCAAAGGCAAUCGCAGUAAACUGCAACACAAUGACACCUAUUCAAUACCUUUUACAUUACUAACAUUUACUAACUAGCAACAAAGAAAGAAAUCCAAUACAUAAUGGGAUAUAUCAAAAGUUGUAGAUUACAAAAUGAUAGUUACUUAAGGAUAAUAGAGAUUCUAUUUUUGAAAUAAAAGACUCUGCUAUAGACGAAAUACAAUACCGACACGCUAGUAUCCGACAGAUACUGCACCCUCGCUUCUUUCCAAGACCACAGGACAGACACACGGACAUAGAACACACGGUGCACAAUGAUUUUCCAGUCGCAUAGCUUAUAAAUCAAAUACGAUUACCUUUAGUAUUAUGUUUCGAAUUCCACUUGUCACAAUAAUAACAAUAAAGCUUUACCAAGAGUCCGCUGGUGACACACCUUUACACCUUACUGCAAUAGAACCCAAUUGAAAACCGAACUCCUAGACACGUUGAAUAAUAGACAUUAAAUUUAAUUUAUAACUUUAUAACUUACGAGCCAGGAAGCAACACCACCCACACAGCAAAUCUACCGACUACUCUCACGCAAAGUUAACGCAAAAUGAAACGAAUAAAGUAAAUACGCUUCGAAAUUGAUUUAAAGUAAUAUUUAACGAACUAGUUACCCCGUAGAAUAAAAGAAUUGUAAUCCCAAUGGCAUUAAUUGGAACUUAUAUCCAAGCCCGGGGAAACUUGUAUAUAUUUUUGCGAUUUUCUUUUUAACCAACGUGUUAAUUGAGAAAUUGAGCUACUCCCAAGCAGAUACAAAUAUUGCAAAUAAAGCGAUUUGUUCUUUAAGC